CUCUGUGAGCAAGGAGUGCUCUUCUCGGCAGCAGACAGGACAGGUGCCUGGGCUGCUGCUUCUAAAACACAAAACAGAUUAGAAGAUCGUGGCCUGGAUUAUCUAGAUUGGAGGAGAGAGAGAGAGAAUUCCUCUUACCAUCUGAAAUGCCAGAGAGUGAGGAUCUGGGACAAGAUGAAAGCUGGAAAGUCAUCAAUUCCAGGCAAGACUACAGACCCAGAAUAAAUCAGUGCAUUUCAGAAACACUGAUGAAUUUAUUUGUAUUUCUUCAAGAAAUGUCCCACUUCAAGGAACAAAACCCUGGCAAGUUUUGCCUGCUAGUCUGCAGUAUAUGUACAUUUUUCACUGUCUUGGGGAGUUACAUUCCUGGAGUUGUCCUCUCCUAUGUCUUGUUAUUGUGUGCCUUUUUAUGUCCCUUCCUUAAGUGCAAUGAAUUUGGACAGAAAGUGUGCAACAAAAUUAAGACUGUUCUGAUGAAACUAGAUUUUGGAGUAGUGGAAUAUAUCAACCAGAAGAAAAAAGAGAGAUCUGAAACAGCAAAAACAAAACCCACAGAAGAUGACAGUGAAUUAGACAUAUCAGCCCUGUGUCCUAAGAUUAGUCCUGCGGUGGUUGCCAAAGAGCUGUCGGUGUCUGACACGGAUGUCUCAGAAGUAUCGUGGACCGAUAAUGGGACCUUUAACUUAUCCGAGGGGUAUUCUCCACAGACAGACACGUCUGAUGAUUUUGACCGGCCUAGUGAUCAUGAAGAAGCUUUUGCUAGAGAUCUUACAGAAUUUCCUUCUCUAGAAAACGGUGCUGGAACAAACGAUGAUGAUGACUCGAGCAUCAGUAUGCCCAUCCAGCAAAAACAAACAAAGGAACAAAUGUAUUUCGAGGUGGAUGAUGCUUCCAGACAGAAUAAAGAGAGACCGUCCACUGCAGGGCUUUCCUUGCCUUUGACCAGUGACCAAACCUUUAAUUUAAUGAGUGGAAUUGCUGGGGAUGUCAUCGCAGCUGCAGUGUCUGCCGCCAUCAAAGACCAGUUGCAGUCUGCACAGCAAGCUCCCUCACAUGCAGUGCCCAGUCUGAGCGAGGAGACAGACACAGAGGAAGCUGAUGAUUUUGAACUGCUUGACCAGUCUGAGCUUGAGCAGAUUGAGAAAGAAUUGGGACUUUCACAAGGCCAAGAAGCAGAAUCCCAGGAAAAGAAAAAAUCUUCAGGCUUCCUUUCAAACCUCCUUGGAAGUCAUUAACCUGGAAGUUGCAGCUGGUAACA